AGAGAGAGAGAGCGAGAGAGAGAGAGGAAAAACGGCUCAGCAAAGCAACAAGAAGGAAGAGCAAUGGCGACACUGGAUCGCCAAAUACCAAGUCCGGAUACCUUCCUCUGCGAGCCUUGGUCUUCCUUCGUCAGUGCGGCUAAAUUACGUUUUGUUGACAACACAGACUCGUCUUUGGAUAUCAGCGACAGGGAGCCAUACUGCCUCGGCGGGGCCACGAAGCUCGGCAAACAAGAGAUGCUCGUCUGCAGCCCGUUCCCAGCACUGGAGGAUUUUCAUCUUGUCGUCUGCCAUGUCUGCAGCAGUGUGGUCACUCCUCAGGGCAUCCUCACACACUAUGGUAGCUGGGGUAUAGUUUCCCUGUGAGACAGAGUGAGACAGUCCUGGACCACACACCCCUACACCCCCCUCCCACCCUGCUCCCACAGACAUGCAUAGCAAAAACCAAAAGCGACACAGCUCCCCCGUCCCUUCCAAGGGCCCGCUGGUACCCAUGAAGCCCAAAGCCCCCGCCGUGGCCCCCGCGGUGGCCCCCAGUCCGGGGGACACGCUGGCAUUCAGGGUCCCAAAGGACUACCCCCACUCCCGCUUCAGCAAGGCACCGCUCGCCGUGUAUCCACCGAAGGGGGCUCGGAACAAGACGUGUGUAUCGCUGCCAGUCGUGAGCCUGGAGAAGAUGCCCUGUCUGAGUCGAGGCGAUUCAUCCUCGCACGUGCGCCUCGGUUCCUCCUCCUCCUCCUCCUCCUCCUCCUCGCCUUCCUUCCACAAGUCCUCAUCCGUCACUCCCGCCGCCUCCCAGCGUUCCGGCGAGAAGCUCACAAACGGCCGCUCAACCGGCGGGCCGUCCACGCCGCGCUCCGCCACGCCUCCAUCCUCCCUGGAUAAGCGGCCCAGCCCGGCGCGCUCGCCACUGGACAGGCGGGGCUCGUCCACGCCGUCCCCAUCCCCGCUGGACCGGAAAGCCUCCUCGUCGCCCUCGCCUUCUCACCGAUCGGUCGCUCCGCCGGCCCUGACGUCGCCGUCGCCGUUGGAGAAAAAGCACCAGAACGGGACGAAAACUUCCUCCAAGCCGCACAAAAGACUCUCAGGGAGAGUGUUUGAUCCCAACAAGCACUGUGGAGUGCAGGACCCGGAGACCAAACGGCCCUGCACGCGGUCCCUCACCUGCAAGACUCACUCCUUAACCCAUCGCCGAGCCGUCCCCGGCCGGAGGAAACAGUUCGACAUCCUCCUGGCCGAACACAAGGGGCGCGCCAAGGAGAAGGAGGGAGCGAAGGAGAAGGACGGAGCGCAGGGGGGAAAGGAGGGCUCCGGACAGAGCGUCCCGCCGGCGGAGGCCGCAAGCCCCGGCAAAUCUCACUGCCCCAACGGGCGACUCCUGUCCACGCUCAAGCUCCGGCUGGCCAACGCACACAUACCAAGGGUUCCCGGCGGCUCCGCUGCGUCCACCUCCGCUCCCCUGCUCCCAGCCGCCGCUCCCGCCCUGGUCUCCAGCGCGGAGCCGUCCCCCCACGGCUGGGUGACGACAGCGGGAGACGGCGGGCGGCUCUCCAGCGACGAGGGAGAGGCAGAGUCUCCGGAAGACGCCGGCGCACCUGCUUUCCACUACUCCACUCGUCACCCACAGCCUUCGGGGGUUUGCGUCUUCAGCAGCCGGCUCAUGGGACGGGGCCACUACGUGUUUGACCGGCGGUGGGACCGCAUGAGGCUGGCGCUUCAGAAUAUGGUGGAGAAACACCUCAACGCACAAAUGUGGAGGAAGGUGCCUCUGGCAGCCGAGAGCCUCCUCUCCUCCUCCUCCUCCUCCUCCUCCUCCUCCUCACCCUCCGGUACCUCCUCCAUUACUUCCCAGCAUGCUCCUUUGCCCACCUCCGCCUCCAACACGCUCUCCUACACCGCCACGUUCCCUCAGUCGGCGGCAACAGCCGUCGUUUUCAACAUCAGAGACUCCCCGCAGCCCCACGCGCCGGGGAGAGCCCGGAACGGCGCUCACCGAGCCAGCCGGCCAUCCAAAGACACGGAGGACCCUGCGGUGGCAUCUAAGAAGAGAAAGAACUCUUUCUACUCGUCUUCUCCCUUCUUUCCCACCGUGGAGAAUCACAAGAGGAACGGCAGCAGCUUUCAUCCGGCGUUACAAGGCUCGGGGGGCAGCGCCGCCUCCCCGGCCAGGAAGAAGGGACUGGGCCGAGGGGACGGAGGACUGUGGAGCGGCUCGGACGACUGGCUGUCCAAACCCGAGGGCUCGCAGAGCCACAACUCCCAGAACAGCCGCGAACACGCUGCCUCCAGCGUCCCCUACUCACCCAGCAGAGAGCCGGCCUCGGCCCCCCACCAGCCCAUGGCGCCCCCCACGGGGCCCUUAGCGUACGGGGGAGGGGCGGAGGGGAGGAAGAGGAGGAGUCCCAGCUCCUACAGAGGCAAAGCCAGCAAGCUGAGCCGGCCAGACGGUCUGGACAGCCUCUUCGGCAAAGGGAGCGACAGCAUCCUGGCUUCAGGCCCCGAGUCUUCCAGACAGGCCAAGUUGCAUCACUGACAGAAAGCAGUUUCACAACCGGGACGUCGGGCAGCUGCGCAGGACACCACCGCUUGUGACCUUUGACCCCGCCACCCUCCUCACCGAUGGCAGCGGACGGCGCCCCCUCAAGUCGUCCGGCAGUGACUUCCUGUCCUUCGUCGUGGAUCAUGUGGUUGGAAAGCUGCGCUGCCUGGCGGCGGCGGCGGCGGCGAUGGGGGUGGGGAGGUGGGGGUCUUCACCAAACAACAUUUUAAAGACCCUGUCCUCUGAAAAGGGAAUUUUGCCUCCAGUUUUCCAGACGCUGUUCACGUCACCACCAGUAGAGCGUACUUCCAGUCAGCCCGCCUGGAGUAAAAUCUGCGAUUCUUUUGGGAAGGUUGAUGGUUGAAAGACCUACGACACGACUACUGUAGGACUCGGACUCCAGCGGCGCCGCCUCCUCUUUGCCCCCUUCUCCUCUUUAUUCUAGUCUUUCCUCUCGCACAAAGCCAGGAGAGCGAACAGCAGGUCUGGUUGGGUUUUAUCCAGCGUCCUCCUUUUUUUUUUCUUUCUCUCUUUCUCCGUGUCCUGAAGAACUCAGUCAGUUUCCUCUGUUCACCGCGUCCGACCCGGCAUGCCUGUGUUCGAAGUGCACUUACCGCCCUGCCGCCGACUCCAGCGCCGUCUCCAGGAGCGCCGCACAGGGACCUGCUCACACGAGGAAAGAAGAGGAGGUCUGCGUUGCCAACGGCACCGCGUCACUGCAGGAAGGCGGGAAACACAAAACUCCUGGACGUUUGCAUCCCGAAUGGAAUUAUGACCACAGUGUUGGAUGACUUUUUUUCUUUUUUUUUUCUUUUGUACAAUAAUUUAUCACUCUUGAAUGAUGUUUAUCUAACCGACCCUUGAGGUUUGAGUUACGGAGACUUUUUCAGCAAACAGAAUAUUUCUAUGGCAUUUUGGAGAAAUGUUGAAAAGUAUUAUUAUAGUUCUUAUUGUUGAAAUCGUGUACAUAUCUGUUAUUAUUUUUAUAUUUAUUAAUAAUUGUCCCCUUUUAGUAAAUCUGAGGCGACGGAGGGGAGGAUUUAGACUUUGUCUGUGUUUUGGCAGCGGCCUGGUUUCUCAAAACUUCCAAGAGCAGUCGCAGAAGUGAACCAACAUUUCCAACUUUUACACCGGGGGUCUGCAACCUGCGGCUCCGGAGCCGCAUGUGGCAAUUGUAAAAAUAACAAAACCCCAAGAAAUGGGGUUAAAAAACCUGAAAUGUGUACAAUUUCUAACGUAAGAAAAUGAACUGUGGCUGGAAAAAAACAUACAAAACUGUUUAAAAAGAGGUAAAAUUUCAAAACUGUCCAAAAAAAAGUUUGAAAAGAGGAGCAAAACUGUUAAAAUCAGGUACAAAAAUAGAUUUAAUAAAAUUUCGCUACUCUGAACUGUAGUUAAAACUUCAUGAAUGCAUCAUAAGAUAGCUUUUUUGAGCAUCAAAACCAAGAAUGUCACUUGGUUAAAUGUGCUUUAUGGCUCCAGAACAGCUUGACCGGACAGAAAGUCACUAAAAUGCCUCUUUUGGUCAUAAAGGUUGCAGACCCCUGUUUUACACCAUAUAUAUAUGACGCUCUUGUGUGUAUUAAGUCUUAACUGAUGCAGUUAUUCACAUUUUAGGGACUUUCUGGGGUCCCAAUCCAGCACAAUGUAUUCUUGUGUAAACGAUAUGUGGGUCAAUGGUGGUCGAGGCUGCACGGAAUCAUCUCCCACAAACACUAAAAUCUCUUGAAAGUAUAAAUUAAAACUGGGAUUGACUCCAGCCCUUUCCUUGGGAAACCGGUCACACACUUUUAUCUGAUGGCGUUGCUUCUGCACUUCCCCCAGCGACCCUGUCUUUUUAUUUCUCUGAAGAAACGCCCUUCUUUUAACAGUCAUUUCAAAACGUGCCACGUUAUUGACCCCCACACACACACACACACACACACACACACACACACAGUGCUGCUCAAAAACCUGGGAGCGGAGCGGAAUCCCCAUCGUGACGCGACUUAUCACACGUAGUCGCUCCUCCCCUCGGCCCUGUCUUUGUUGAGAUAAUGUCUUUGUCAGGAUAAUAGGUCAGCAAGUCGCCAGUAUUUAUAUGCUAAUUCAAACACACCGGCCGUCGCUGUGUAUCUGCUGAAGGACAGAGGUGUGUUUUUGUGAAACCAGGCCCCCGGUUUGUAUUUUCAUAUCAAGGGCCCCACAUUCCCGAUUGCCUGUGGUUCCACCCUUUUCAUACUUCUUCCAAACGUUUGAAAACGAUAGCUAUAUUUUUUAACUGUCUCUAUCUUCCAAGGCCGAUCGGGCUCGGCUCGCCGCGUUCAUGUCGAGCCGCAACUGGGUCAAAGUGAAUUUACUUACUUUUCAGCGCCCUCCCUCGAGCUAGGUACCAUUUCUUCUCCACUUCUUUAAGUAUUUCAGUGCAGCGCCGUCAUUCCUUUGUGGCUUUUGAGGCCUUCAAACUGUCCAUUGAAUGCAAAUCAACCACAUUACCGACUGAUCGGGAAGUUUAAAGGUCGGUAUGGAAAUUGAAGUAAUGCCGCUUCUGUGCAUUGGGUGGCAGCAGUGAGUCACAAUCGGUGAAUUAAUUGUACAUAAUCGGCUUUAUUUGCGCUUCUGUGAAGACACAUCUUUCAUGAGGAGUGUGUGAAGCCCGCCCGGCGGUCUCUGUUUGACUGUGGAUUCACGCUGUGUGUAGCCGACCGGCCUUUUGAGCGCAAAAUUAACAAAUUUCUCCGUCGCAGUUGAAGCCUCUCGCCUCCUAGAAGAGCUCAGAAGCCCAGCGUUGCUCUCCAGCGAUGGUUUUCCUCAUUUCAUCCCCUUUACAUGUAUCUCCAGAUCAAAGAUUGUAACCCAACAAUGUUUUAUUUUUUGGGAGAAUUCCCCCCGACUCUCUGUUUAUAGUUGUAAAAGUGGAAAGUUACACGUUAUUGCAGCUAAACUUUACAAAUCUCACACAUGCUGAGUUUCAGAGCUGUUGUAUAUUUGUCUUUGCUGUUAAAUUUUAUGGAGGUAUUAACAGUUUUUUUCUUUUUUGUUUUGUUUUCCAAAGCCUCCUCGUUCCAUUUUUCUUCUUCUUUUGUUUUUUGUUUUUUUUGCACAUUGUCAUAUUGCCCAGAUAUUUAAUCAAAUUCUAUUUAUAUAAAUAUUUGAGAUAUUGAAAUUUCUAUAUUUUUUAAGGUUUUCUGGCAACUAUAGUGAGAGACGAGGAGGAAGAGUGUAUCCUUUGGUCCGUCGGCCCGUAAACCAGCACACUGUUGUUAUGAUCCGAUCCAAACUGUAGUGAAUGUUGAAUGUCAUGUAUGAAUUUUUUUUUCAGUGGGGGGGGGGGGUGUUAUUCAGUCCUGCAGUUGGAUUACAAUAAGGAUUUCCCAUGAAAACAAUGUAACACAUGCUGUACAGAUGGUCCUGUAUCCAAGCUUUUAUUAAAUGAUUGAAAGUGG